AUGCGGCUCCUCCAUUUAAACGCACUGGGCAGACUGAUCCUGACAGACUUUCGCGGCAAGCCGAUACCGCCCUACGCUAUUCUAUCGCACCGAUGGGGCGACUCUGAGAUUCUUAUUGAAGACAUAUUUAAUGGAAACUACAAAAAGAAAGAGGAAGGCUACCAGAAGCUACGGUUCUGUGCCGAACAAGCAGCUCAGGACGGGCUGCAGUACUUCUGGAUUGACACAUGCUGCAUCGACAGAUGGAACAACAGUGAGCGCUCUAAGGCGAUCAACUCGAUGUUCCAGUGGUACAAGAAUGCGGUACGAUGCUACGUUUUCUUGUCAGAUGUGUCGGCGUCGACCUUGACCUCGAUAGGGUCUGUCUUAUGCAGGGAUUGGAACAUAUCGCUUCGGCGGAGCAAGUGGUUCACUCGCGGAUGGACGCUGCAGGAGCUGAUAGCGCCAGCAUCUGUGGAGUUCUUCUCAUGCGAAGGGCAGUGGAUAGGCGACAAAACCUCUCUCGACCAAUUACUGCACAGCAUCACCAGUAUUCCGCCUGCAGCGCUGCGCAACUGUCCCCUCAACCAGUUUAGCAUAUCUGAGCGCAUGCGAUGGGUUAGCGGUCGCGAAACAACCGAGACAGAAGAUAUGGUAUACUGCCUGCUUGGACUUCUUAGCGUCUCUAUGCCUGCAACCUAUGGCGAAGGAAGGGAGAGUGCGUUGGAAAGACUGCAGGCUGAAGUGGAGGGAGCCGGCCUCGCACCGUCGAUCAUUCCGUUCGCGCGCAAUAAGUCUUUUGUGGGUCGUGAACUACAGCUCGCUGAACUAGAAGCGAAGCUCUUUAGCAACACACAGACUACCUCGACGCUUGCAAUAGUUGGGUCUGGCGGAACAGGUAAAUCGCAGCUCGCGCUCGAGGUCGCACACAGAACACGAAAGAAACACAAGCAUUGCUCAGUCUUCUGGAUUGAUGCGAGCGACAAAGACAGUCUCGACCAGUCCUAUACUAGUGUUGCACAGAAGCUCAGCGUUCCUAGUUAUGACAGUGACCAGGCAGACACAGAGCAGAUUGUGAAACAUUGCAUAGCAAAGCUGAGUACGCGGCAGUGUUUACUAAUUUUCGACAACGUUAAAAACACAACUGUCCAGCAUAGUGGCUCGUCAACGGCAGAAGCUGCAGACUUGGCCGACUUUCUGCCGCAAUCUAAGCUGUGUUCUGUCGUUUUCACAACAACAGAAAGCGACACGGCUAAGACGCUUGCUCCACAGGAUGUGGUAGCACUGCGUGAGCUGACGUCAGACACGGCGCUGAGGAUGUUACAAUCCCGUUUGACAACGCCGCUCUCUAAUGCUGAGCAGCCAGGAGCCAUACGCUUGCUAAGAGAACUAUCGCACCUGCCUCUAGCAGUAUCGCAAGCGGCAGCGUGCAUAAAUGCAAGCAAUAUAACAGUACAGCAGUACCAUGCACGACUACACGAGCACGACAAAGCAGCUCUUAAGCAUAGCAAUAACUUGGGUAAAGGCGAGCAAGGAGAGUCUAGUCUAAAAAAGGCUGUAGCUGCUACACUAUCUCUAUCUAUAGGUCAAGUCUGGCAGAGUAAUGCUAUUGCUGCAGAGCAGCUUUACAUUGCUGCGUGCGUAGACCGAAAGGAUAUUCCGCUCGACCUACUUGAGGCAGCUUCGCCACAGGCCCGUGUAGAUGCGAUCAUGAUACUUGAUAGGUAUGCGCUUAUCACAAGGCGACCUGCUGAGUCAGCAUUUGACGUACAUCGAUUAGUGCACCAAGCCUUACAAGAGCAGCUGCAUAUGCAGGGACGGCUUCAUGAAUUCACUCAGCGUGCAGUCACGCGGCUGCUCCAGGUAUUUCCGAAUAACGAUUACAGUAACAGAAGCAAAUGGAGGCGACUACUGCCGCACGCUCAAUAUGCACUAUCGCAUAGUGAGAAGAACGAUAACGAGGAGAGAACAAAUCUUACAGAAAAUUGCGCUAGGGCUUUGCAGAGCGAUGGACAAUAUAAGAGAGCUGAAGAGCUCUAUAUGCAAGUGAUGGAGUCGAGGAAGAGAGUACUAGGUAGCAAGCACCCCGACACGCUCGUUAGCGUCAAUAACCUUGGGUUAGUGCUAGAGGAUCAGGGCAAGUACGAAGAGGCAGAAGCAAUGCAUCGACGAGUGCUAGAAGCAAGAGAGAAGGUGCUUGGGCGCGAGCACCCCGACACGCUCACUAGCGUUAGCAACCUUGGGUCGGUGCUAGAGAAGCAGGCCAAGUACGAAGAGGCAGAAGCAAUGCAUCAACGAGCGCUAGAAGCAAGAGAGAAGGUGCUUGGGCGUGAGCACCCCGACACGCUUACCAGCGUCAGCAAACUUGGGGUAGUGCUAGAGAAGCAAGGCAAGUACGAGGAGGCAGAAGCAAUGCAUCGACGAGAUCUAGAAGCAAGAGAGAAGGUGCUUGGGCGCGAGCACCCCGACACGCUUACUAGCGUUAGCAAACUUGGAGUAGUGCUAGAGAGGCAGGGCAAGUACGAGGAGGCAGAAGCAAUGCAUCGACGAGAUCUAGAAGGAUCUGAGAAGGUGCUUGGGCGCGAGCACCCCGACACGCUCACUAGCGUUAGCAACCUUGGGUCAGUGCUAGAGAAGCAGGGCAAGUACGAGGAGGCAGAAGCGAUGCAUCGACGAGUGCUAGAAGGGUACGAGAAGGUGCUUGGGCGCGAGCACCCUUACACGCUCACUAGCGUUAGUAACCUUGGGUUAGUACUAGAGAGGCAGGGCAAGUACAAGGAGGCAGAAGCAAUGCAUCAACGAGCGCUGGAAGCAAGAGAGAAGGUGCUUGGGCGCGAGCACCCCGACACGCUCACUAGCGUCAGUAACCUUGGGUUAGUGCUAGAGAGGCAGGGCAAGUACGAGGAGGCAGAAGCAAUGCAUCGACGAGCGCUAGAAGGAUCUGAGAAGGUGCUUGGGCGCGAGCACCCCGACACGCUCACUAGCGUUAGCAACCUUGGGUCGGUGCUAGAGAGGCAGAGCAAGUAUGAGGAGGCAGAAGCGAUGCAUCAACAAGCGCUGGAAGCAAGAGAGAAGGUGCUUGGGCGCGAGCACCCCCACACGCUCACCAACAUCAAUAACCUUGGGUUAGUGCUAGAGAGGCAGGGCAAGUACGAGGAGGCAGAAGCGAUGCAUCGACGAGCGCUGGAAGCAAGAGAGAAGGUGCUUGGGCGCGAGCACCCCCACACGCUCACUAGCGUGUACUGCCUUGCUCACCUGCUUGCGACGCUCUGUGACUACAAGGAAUCUCUUAAUCUGUACAACAGGGCGUGUGACGGGUACAGCGUUGUCUUUGGAGAGCACCACCCUACUACCCGAGCAUGUCGCCAACACCGUAGCGAAGUGCUUUUGUCAUGUAAGCAGUCUUGA